GUGAUAUGGUUCAGAUAUUGCACCUUUCACUUCCUCAUCCAGUCAUACACACAGCAGGCCGACUGCUUUUUCACAACCAUUGCUGACCUGCUGGAGAGAUCUGUAGCUUGAGAUCCUCAGUGAGAGGUACAUGUCGCUGACAGGUGACAUCUGUCAUGGGCUCUUUUAGUUAUUAUAAUAACACAACAAGAUUGACAAACUGAGAAAUUCUUCAAGAUCAUCUUUGUUUGUUGUGGGAUAUAUGCACAGAAUGGAUGAGAGGGCUCGGUGUUUGCUGCUUCAGAAUCGAGCAGCAUUGGCUCGGGACAUCCGAACAUCAUACAUUAUGGAUCACAUGAUAAAUGAUCUAGUUAUUACUCCUCAGGAAGAAGAGGAAGUACGAUCUAAGGCUACUCAAACUGAGCGUGCAACACUCCUCAUUAAUAUAAUCCUUACCAAAGACAAUCGUGCAUAUGUUUCUUUUUAUAAUGCCUUGCUAAACGAAGGAUACAAAGACUUAGCUUCCCUGCUUAAAGAACCUGUUAACACUGGGCUUUUUGACCAGGGAAAGAAUUCAGUUAAUGGAAUAACUCCGUAUGUAAAAACAGCCCUCUGUGAAGGUGCUGUGCCACAAAGACCUGUUGUGUUUGUCUCUCGGCCUAAACUCGUAACCGACAUUCAUCAGCAGCUAUACAGCUUGAAGAGUGAACCCGGCUGGGUAACGGUUUACGGAAUGGCAGGCUGUGGGAAGUCUGUGUUAGCUGCUGAAGCACUUCGUGAUCAUCACAUCUUGAAAGAUUGUUUUCCUGGAGGUGUCCACUGGGUCUCUAUUGGCAAACAGGACAAAGCUGGCCUUUUAAUGAAACUUCAGAAUCUUUGCACACGGCUGGAUCAGGACUUUAAGUAUCUGCAGAGACCCCCUCUCAACAUUGAAGAGGCACGAGACAGGCUUAGAGUGCUGGUGAUGCGUAAUUUUCCCAGGUCCCUAUUAAUCCUGGAUGAUAUUUGGGAUUCCUGGGUGCUGAAAUCUUUUGAUAUCCAGGGCAGAGUCCUUGUCACAAGCAGAGACAGAAGUGUGACUGAUUCGGUAUCUGGCAACAAAUAUGUUGUUCCUGUGGAUAGUGAACUAGAAGAAUCAAAAGGCCUUGAAAUCCUCUCUUGUUUUUCGAACACUAAAGUGGAACAACUGCCAAAAGAAGCCGGUUCCAUUGUAAAAGAAUCAAAAGGCUCGCCUCUUGUCGUGUCGCUGAUUGGAGCGCUUUUGAGAGAUUUUCCGAAUCGGUGGAGUUUUUACCUCAAGCAGCUGCGAAGAAAACAGUUUAAAAGAAUAAGGAAAUCCUCCUCCUAUGAUUAUGAGGCCUUGGAUGAAGCCAUGUCUAUAAGUGUGGAUGCGCUGCCAGAAAAACUUCAGGAAUACUACAAAGAUUUCUCAGUCUUAGAAAAAGAUGUGAAAGUCCCCACACAGGUUUUUUGCCAGCUGUGGAAUAUGGAUCAGGAAGAUGUAGAAGACAUGCUUCAGGAGUUUGUCAACAAGUCAUUAUUAUACUGUGAUCGAAAUGGGAAAUCCUUCUUAUAUUAUUUACAUGAUCUUCAGCUGGACUUCCUUACCGAGAGGAAUCGCGACAAGCUUCCUGCACUCCACGCCAAACUUGUUGCUCAGUAUCAGAAGCAUUAUUCAAAUAAUUUGCCAGCACUGCAUCAAGAGGAUUGUCUAUAUUGGUACCAUUAUCUAGCCCACCACAUGGCCCAGGCCAAUAUGCAUCAAGAACUAUGUUCACUGUUGUUUUCAUUGAAUUGGUUAAAAGCAAAAACAGGGUUGUUUGGACCUGCUCACCUUAUUCAUGAGUUUGUGCAUUAUCGGAGCAUACUAGAUAAGCAGGACAACAAAGGGCGUGAAGAUUUCCAAGAGUUUUUGUCAGUAAAUGGGCAUCUUCUUGGAAGGAACCCUCACAUAAAUAUUGUGCAGCUGGCUCUCUCUCAGCCUCAGGAUUCUGAAGUUUAUAAGCAAGCAAUUUCACAAGCCAAAUGGGAACAGUCAAAAGGAUCACUUUAUUUCAACUGGAUAAAUAAGCAAAGUUUGAAGAACCUUCCCAAGCUCGUUGUUCGCCCACACACAGAUGCAGUAUUCCAUGCAUGUUUUUCUCCUGAUGGACAAAGAAUUGCCUCAUGUGGCGCAGAUAAAACCUUACAGGUAUUUAAAAGUGAGACUGGUGAGAAACUCCUUGAAAUAGAAGCCCAUGAUGAUGAAGUGUUGUGUUGUGCCUUUUCUGCUGAUGAUAGAUUAAUCGCCACCUGUUCAGUAGACAGGAAAGUUAAGAUUUGGAACUCCCAGACUGGACAGCUCAUAAGACAAUAUGAAGAGCAUACAGAACAAGUCAACUGCUGUCAGUUUACCAAUGGUACCUCUCCUUCUCUGCUUGCUACAUGUUCCAAUGAUUGCUUGCUGAAGCUGUGGGAUUCAAACAAGAGCCAUUGCCAGAAUACAUUGAUUAGUCACUCGCAUUAUGUCAGUCAUUGCAGAUUUUCCCUUGAUGAUAAGUAUUUGGCAAGUUGCUCAAUGGAUGGAACAUUAAAGCUUUGGGAUGUACCUUCUGCUAAUGAAUACAAAUCAAUUGAUGUGAAAAUAUUUUUUAAUUCUGAAGAUGAUUCACAGCAGGAAUUGGAAUUGAAAUGUUGCUCUUGGUCGAAUGACUGCAGCCGGGUCAUGGUAACAGUACGGAAUUUCCUCUUUAUUUUCAAUGUAGAGACAAGUGAUCUUGUGUCUAAACUUGAUGCGUGUCACCAAAGUACAAUCCUUUACUGUGAUGUUUGUACAACUAAUCAGAUUGUGGCAAUGGCCUUGUCACACUAUGUAGUACAGCUGUGGAAUAUAGACUCCUGUACCAAGAUAGCUGACUUCAAUGCGCACUUGAGCUGGGUUCAUUGUGUCACGUUUUCUCCAGAAGGUUCUUCAUUCCUGACCUCUUCUGAUGACCAGACUGUUAAGCUUUGGGAAACGAGCAAAGUAUGUGAGCCAUCAGCUAUUACACUUAAGCAGGACUUUGAUGUGGCAUUCUGUGAUGGUGAGGUAUUGGUCCUGGCACCAGACAAAGGAGACCGUUUAUUUUUAAUUAACGGGAAGUCUGGCGAUGUUGUGUGUCAGAGUAGUGCACAGGAAUCUUGUAUAACAAGCUGCUGUCUCAGUGCUGAUCAACGUUUAGCAGCUGUUGGCGAUAAGACUGGAGAUGUUAAGGUUUUGGAUAACUCCAGUGGUAAAGUCCUUCAGCAGCUGAAGAGUCACACAUCUACAGUGCAACAUUGUCAGUUCACGGAAGAUGGAACAAAUCUGAUUUCAUGCUCUGAUGAUUCCACAAUACGGAUAUGGACCUGGAAGUCUGGACAGAGCAAGCUAUUACAUGGGCACAAAGAAGCUGUGAAAUGUUUUAGGAUUUUGCAAAACUCAAGACUGUUAUCAUGGUGUUUUGAUGGAAAAGUGAAGAUAUGGGAUUGUAACACUGGUCAAACAGAGAAGGCAUUUAAUUGCCACACCGAGGCUGUUCUUUCAUGUGAUGUUUCUCCUGAUGCUACAAAAUUUUCAUCUACCUCUGCCGAUAUGAGUGCCAAGAUAUGGAGCUUUGAUGAACCCUUGCCUCUCCAUGAGUUAAACGGUCACCAGAGCUGUGUACGAUGUUGCAGUUUUUCAUUGGAUAACAAGUAUUUAGCAACGGGAGAUGACAAUGGUGAAGUUAUGAUUUGGAGCGUGCAGACUGGGGAACUUCUCACACAGUGCCGUGAACUGUAUGCAGAUAAGGAAGAUCUGCUCCAUGCUGGCUGGGUGACCGGUGUACUCUUCUCUCCCGACAGUAAAAUAAUUGUAUCCUCUGGAGCAUGCGUCAAAUGGUGGAAUGUUGACACUGGAGACUGCAAACAAACGUUCUACACAAAUGGCACAAAUCUUAAAUCGAUACGUUCAUGUUCUACUUUUAGAACUUUUGUAACCAUUGAUAAUCUAGGGAUUCUGUAUGUACUGCAGCUGGUGGAAUGACAAUAAUGCACAGUAUGCAUUAAAUAUGCUGCACCAUUAGGUUCUUUUGAUAAUCUACCUUUUGUACCAGGAAGCCAACUGAGAGUAAAGCUACAGGGAACUCGGCUCAGUGCUGCUCUCAGAUACAGCAUGCAGCGUUUUUUAAUUGCCACUUGGUGAUAGGUGGAGCCGCGUAAGACUGAAUUUUGUUUCUAAUCAUUGUAUUCUCCUUGUGUUAUCAUUAACUCACGGUAUAUUACCUUAAAGCAGCAAAACAAGAACAGAAAAUACAAACCAGACUUUGAAACUUGAAUCUUUGCCAAUUGAGGUUUGGUGCCAUUUGUAUUUGUUUUACUGGCUGUUGCCUGCAAACGUAUCAGUAUUUACAUUACAAUGAUGUGCUUACAAUGUAUAGUUAAUCACCGCUUAGGAAGACAAAGCUAUGUAUAAAGGUACUUUACCUAUUAACCAGAUACUGGUGCUUUAUAGGAUAGGCUGCGUCAGAUGCAUUUUGUGUAUAAAAUGUCAUAUCAUUUGUAUUGUCGCUAUCCUUGUCAGUAUAUGGAAACAUCAACAGGAUCUGAUUAAAGGGACACUAAACAGAUUGUUAUUAAAACAAAUGAACAUCUUG